UUCACUUACUAACCAGAUAGGCCUAAGAAUCCUCUUGUGUUCACCAUGAAGGGAGAAUUUGUGCCUCCAUGGUUAGAGCUCUUGCUUUCCACACAGUUUUUUAACACCUGCACUAGCCAUCACAACUCCCCUCGCAAUGAAUGCAACCUGUUUUGCAUCGAUUGCCAAGCACCAGAAGCUGCCUUUUGCUAUUACUGUCGUUCAUGUCAUCAUUCUUCUCAUCGUGUAAUCCAGAUUAGGCGAUCAUCAUACCACGACGUGGUAAAAGUAUCUGAGUUAGAGGAUAUCCUUGAUAUCAGCGAUGUACAAACCUAUGUAAUCAACAGUGCAAGGGUUGUGUUUUUGAAUGAGCGACCUCAGCUACGUGGUUGUGGUGUUUUGGCAAUAAAAUCAUCGCCAUCCUCAUUGUCCUCUUAUAAUUGUGAGACUUGUAGCCGUGUUCUUCUUGAUGCAUUCCGCUUCUGCUCACUUGGUUGCAAUCUCAUAGGCAUAAAAAAUGAUGUGGAGACAGUUGUAGCUAACGAUGGUAUUGCCCACAAUGAUAAAGACAUAGAGAUUGAUGGCAGCAAUGGUACUGCAAACACCAAUGGUACUGGAAAGGGCAUAGAGAUUUGUGGCAACAACGGUACUAUUGCAAAUACUGGAAAUGAGGAUGAAAUAUGUAGUGAUGCUAGCAAGAAUAAGGAAAUACUAUCAUCAACAAGGGUUGUUCGUCACCGACGGAAGGGAAUUCCUCGUCGUGCACCAUUUUUCUGAAUGAAAACUUCUUUCGAUGUUACUGAAUAAAAAAAUAAAUGGACCCUUUGUGUUAUUAUGUCCUCCAUAGAUCUUUUGUUAGUUCUAUUACAGAUCUAUGGAGCUCAUAUUAGUUCUAUCACAAUUUUUGCUAUUGUUGAGUUAUGGCAAUAUUCCAUAAAUUAUAAUUUUGGUAUGAUUAAAAAUGAUUUGGUAGUAAUACAAUAAUAAUUUGUGCCUCAAGCUUCUUGGUUGCUUC